AUGGAUUUCAACAGCUCCUCACCCUUCCCAGAGGGUGUCAUCUCUUUUCUGGAUACCGACCUGUACAAAUUGACCAUGCAAUGCGCCGUCUUCAAGUACUUCAAGGAUGUCCCUGUUACCUAUGCCUUCACCAAUCGUACACCGGAGAAGAGGUUGUCGAGGGUGGCAUAUCUAUGGCUCCAAGAGCAAAUCACAAAACUCGGCAACAUAUCCCUGUCCGACGAAGAGCACCAGUUUCUCGAGCAGCAUUGCAAGUAUCUGAGUGCCGACUACCUGGCAUUCCUCAAAGAAUUCAGGCUUCGACCGAGGGAGCAAGUCUCCAUCACAUUCCAAACUGUUGAUUCGGACACAGGCGACGAUAGUGACAUAGGCGACGUACAUGUGAGCAUUUCUGGCACAUGGUCAGACACGAUACUCUAUGAAAUUCCAUUAUUGGCCCUAACAUCCGAGGCCUAUUUUCGUUUCAUGGAUACCGAUUGGGAUUAUGAAGGACAAGAACAAAAAGCAUUCGAAAAAGGCAUGAAACUUAUCGAAUCAGGCUGUAUUCUGUCAGAGUUUGGUACACGACGUCGCCGUGACUACCACACGCAGGCUCUCGUCUUCCGGGGUCUGGUGAAGGCAUCCAAGGAAGCAGCGCUCAAAGGCUACCCUGGCGAGCUUUCUGGUACAAGCAACGUGCAUCUUGCCAUGCGCUUCAACAUUCCACCGGUCGGAACAGUCGCACAUGAAUGGUUCAUGGGAACAGCGGCCAUCUUCAAUGACUACAAGAAUGCUACGGAGGAGGCUCUGAGACACUGGGUUGGGUGUUUUGGUACAAAUUUAAGCAUAGCCCUUACCGACACGUUUGGAACACCCGAAUUUUUGAACGCUUUCAGCCGACCCGCGCGAACGACGGAAGGCGGCACCCCAGAAUCGACCUUGUGCAAACCUAACGGGUCCCGCAAGACUUAUGCCGAGCUCUUCACCGGAAUCAGACAAGAUUCCGGCGAUCCAAAGGAAUACGUCAAGCUUCUGCGCAAGUACUACGAUUCUCAAGGCAUCAGGGAGAAAGUGAUGGUCUUCUCAGACUCUCUCGAUGUGGAAAAAUGCCUAGAAUACAAGAAGGCCGCGGAAGACUACGGGUUCCUGCCCAGAUUUGGUGUUGGAACCUUUCUGACAAAUGAUUUUACGCACCGAAAGACCGGGACAAAGUCUCUGCCUCUAAAUAUAGUCAUCAAGCUCAGUUCCGCUGCCGGGCGACCGGCGAUCAAGAUAAGCGAUAACAUUGAAAAAAAUACCGGAGACAAGGAGCUCAUUCAAAAAGUCAAGGAGCAGAUUGCAUAUGUUGAGAAUACGUGGGAGGAGGGUAAAGAGGAUGCUAGAUGGGGGAAGGAGGAAUCGAGUAAGUAA